GGCUCGUGAUGUUGGCAGAUCGGAAUGCGUGAACGCAAUAAAGAGAGGAAGUGAUGCAACCCACAGGGUUCAUGGUCGCUUUUAUAAGUAAAGCACCGGACGGACAAGGAUACCCACAGUUGAAUUGGCUUCCCUAGUCAUCCAUCGUCCAAUAUCUCCAUCACCAAGAUCUCAGCUAGUCUGUGUCAACGAAGUUAUUCUAGCCGUGUUUUUCGCCAUGAUCUCCGUCGCGAGAAGCUGGUCCCGGAGUUGUUCUCCGCGCUCCUCCGCAAAAUACGGGAAGCGUUGAGAUGGUGUACUAAGAAUUGCUGACGAUUACUGUGGCGCGUCGUGUACAAAACACGUAGAAUGACUCUUGUCGACCAUGACUCGACUGGAACAGAUGUCGAUAUCCCCUUAAGCUUUUGGUGUAUAUAAAGAGAGAGAAAAGAAGGUCGCUAAAUCAUGAAAAUCUACUUAGUCGUUCCCAUUAGUCGUGCCCAGAAAGCGUGUCGACAGAAGUUCAAGUGUCGCGACACGGUGUGCACCGUUGCAGAUGCGGAAGCCAGCAUGGAAUAUGAGUCUUCAAGCAAGGCAGUAGAUUUGAGUUUGAGUAGACGAUAAAAUUCAAUUGAAAAUGAAGAAACCGG